AUGGAGCCAGGCUCCUCCUCUCGCCGCAUCUCGGCGGUCGAAAUUCCAUCAUCUUCGCCCCCGCGCCGUCGACGGUCUUCAACUACUACUCAGGCUGGCCCAUCAGGGUCCCGUAAACGUCGUCGACUCACAAAUCAGACGAUCUUAUCUUCUUCACCUCAGCCAGACAACGGGCCGAUCGAAGCAAUUGACCUCACCGAAGUCGAUGGAAACUCGGCCUUGGCUAAGGUUCUCGCUAAGCAAAGGGAAGAAGCCAUUUCUUCACAGAAGUCAGGUAAUAAUGGAAACGCCCGGUCAAGGUUGACUGCAUAUACCUGCCCUGUAUGCAUGGAGACCCCCAAAAAUGCCACUGCCACAAUAUGUGGUCACUUAUUUUGUCACAAGUGCAUCAUGGAAUGGUUGGCCACGACAGAAGAGCAGCGAGCGGACCGUCCUGGCAAAGCUCCGAGGGGCCUCUGCCCGCAGUGUCGACAGCCUCUAUCCGGGGCGGACCAGAAGGGAUCAGCGAAAAGAAACCUAGUACCUUUAGAGAUCAAACUCCUUACCAAGAAGCGGAAGGAUCCAGCAGAGAAUAAGGCUACGUGA